CGCUCCCGCCCUGCCCGCAUCGCCCCUCGCUGCCGGUACCCUGCCCGCUCCUGCCCUGCCCUGCCCAUGCCCCCCCCGCGCCCCGGCACCCGCUGGGUGACCGACUUCUUCUCCUACGAGACCACCAAGUCGGUGGUGGUGAAGAGCUGGGUGGUGGGGGCCGUCAACCGCGGCGUGCAGCUCCUCAUCCUCGCUUACUUCAUCGGCUGGGUCUUCCUCCAUGAGAAAGCCUACCAGGUGCGGGACACCGUCAUCGAGUCCUCGGUGGUGACCAAGGUCAAGGGCAUCGGGCGCUAUGCCGGCCGGGUGCUGGAUACGGCCGACUAUGUCACCCCCCACCAGGGCACCUCGGUGUUCGUGGUGGUCACCAAGCAGAUCCUGACGGAGAACCAGGCGCAGGGCGUCUGCCCGGAGAGCGAAGCCGAGUACCGCUGCACGGCUGACCGCGACUGCCAGGGGAAGAGCCCCACCACGGGCAGCGGGCUGCUGACGGGGCGCUGCGUCCCCUACAACGGGACCCUGCGCACCUGCGAGAUCCAGGGCUGGUGCCCGCCGGAGGUGGACACCGUCGAUGUACCCGUCAUGCUGGAGGCCGAAAACUUUACCCUCUUCAUCAAGAACAGCAUCCGCUUCCCGCUCUUUGGCUUUGAGAAGGCCAACCUGCCGCCCCCCGGCAGCGGGGGGGAGCUGGGGCGCUGCCGGUUCCACCCCGAGCAGCAGCCCCUCUGCCCCAUCCUGCGGCUGGGGGACGUGGUGCGCCUCGCCGGGCAGGACUUCCCCACGCUGGCCUCCACCGGGGGGGUGCUGGGCAUCAAGAUCGGGUGGGUGUGCGACCUGGACCGCGCCUGGGAGCGCUGCCUGCCCCGCUACUCCUUCACCCGCCUGGAUGGCCUUGCCCGACCCCCCGCCCCAGCCCCCGGCUACAACUUCAGGCACGCCAGGUACUACCGCUGGCCGGACGGCACCGAGCGCCGCACCCUCACCAAGGCCUUCGGCAUCCGCUUUGACGUCCUGGUGUACGGCAAUGCUGGGAAGUUUGGCAUCGUCCCCACCCUCAUCAACACGGUGGCAGCUUUCACCUCUAUCGGCGUGGGCACAGUGCUGUGCGAUAUCAUCCUGCUCAACUUCCUGAAGGGAGCCGAGCACUACAAGGCCCGCAAGUUCGAGGAGGUGCCAGAGGCUGGCGUGCCCGUGCCCCCCACCAGCCCCAUGGCGUGUCCCCCCGGGGCGCUGGGGGGCUGCAGUCGAGACAAGCAGUCCACCGACUCGGGCACCUUCUCCCUCGGCCUCUAGCUCUGGGCGCCAUGGGGCAGCCCCCCACCUGCCCCCCACUGUGGGACAGCCCCCUGCCUGCACCCGGCCGGGGGGGCCCCCGCACCCUCCCCGCCCCAGCCCCCCCAAUGGCUGGCACAGCCUUUCCCACACUGGCAGUGGGACAGGGCACAGGGGGCAUACGGGGCAGUGGGUGACGCUGGUGCCCGUGGGGCAGGGGGGGGCCGUGGGGACGACAUCGGGGCUGCGGUGGUGGCAGCAGGAGCACAGGGGACAGGGCACAGGGUGGCACUGGGGAUGGCGGCGGGACAGUGGGGGCACAGGGUGGCUGAGGGGGGAGGAUGGAGGUGAGGAACAUAGGGUGGCCCCGGGGGU